AGAUUUUCUAAGAAAAACUAUCACAACCUUUGGAAAAAAAAGUGCAACUUAUUCAAACCAAAAACGUAAGCAAUUGCUAGUUUGUGAAGAUAAACAAACGUUUAAGAAAAUACUGCACUAUUUAAACAAGGCUGUACUUUUAGCUCCAGAAAUAUACAAAAACGAGCUCAUUGCUAGAAAGAACUCUUUACCGUUUGCUUUAAUUACAAGAGCUCAUUUUCUUUUAAAAAACAAAGAAUAUUUGUUGGCUUUUGAAGAUUUCAAAUAUGUUUAUGAGAUUGAGAUGCCUAUCUUCAAAUCACAUCGCAUUUUUCAAACAGCUUUAUUUUGUUAUGAAAUGAGAUCCCGAGUUCCCUUCAACAUUUAUAAAGUUAAAACUUGUAGAAACGUUACAGGACAUAAACAAGAAACUGUUACAUAUGAAUCACGGAUCUCUAGCUUAGUAGAAAUAAGAGAUACGGAUCUAUCAGGAAAAGAAGCUGUUGCUAGUAGAGUUAUCAAUCCAGGAGAUGUCUUACUAGCUGAUUACCCGAUCGCAUCAUUCCUCAUACCACAGUUUUUUGAAUCUCAUUGUCAGUACUGUCUUAAAAGAUUUCAAAUUGGCUACAGCUGUCCAAAAUGCAGUAUCGUUAGUUUUUGUAGUUAUAGCUGCAGAAUAAGAGGAAUUAAAAGUUUUCAUAAUUAUGAAUGUAAAAUACUUCCAGCUCUGAUUGUUAUUAGUCACACUAUCCACCUAACAUUUCUCUUAACUUUUAACAGCGUAGAAGUCAGUGCUUCAACCAAGGCAUGA